AUGAAACGUCGGUUGGAUAGAAUUGGAGGGAAUUUCCGAUCACGUUUACUAGGGAUAUGUCUAUCUAGGCAAAAAAACCAAGAAAUUCCUUCAACAAAGAAGCAAGCUUUGCAAGCCUUGAUGUACUUCAAGUUACCGUUUUGAUCCAGGAAUUAAAUAGUAAUAUCUCCAGUUUUUAUUGCUUUCAGACGAGUUGUCAGGCUGAAUAACAUCGAAUUUGGGUACUUUGCAUUGCAAACAGCAAAAAACACGAUAAAACAAUAUCAAUGCAGCAUGGGAAAAGUACCUCGUUUUCCAUCGUUCAAUUCAAGUAAUCAGAAUCUUUCUAAUCGAAAAGUCACAUUUUCGGCAAGGGACGAUUGUGCAGCGACUCAAAAACCAACGAUCAGCAGACGACGCAACGUGUCACUGGCUGGCGAACGCAAACACGAAAGCCGGCGCUGCAUGGCUUAUCGUUUUGAAAACGGAAGGAACGAAAAAAGGAACGGUGGUGGCAUCGGUGGACACCUUAAUAGAAUCAGUGGGUUCACUGAGAGAAGUGGCACUGGCUGGCGUGCCUAGGCGCCUUUAAACGUCACCUAAAGCGACCGGAGAAAGUUCUGAUAAAGGCGCUGCAUUUAAUGUCUGUGUUCGCCGUGUUCGAACUGAACCUGAGCAGAUCCCGCUGUUGGCGUUACCUGAUUGACGCGUGAGAGCGCGUGAUUCUGUGGGUACCUGAGGAAACUGUUUUGAAUACGAGGGCAAACAAUGGGGUGUUCCACGAAAUCGAAUUUACCUCUGGUACUGGCCCGUGGAAUCAUAGGGUUGAUGCUGUGUUCAUUUCAUAUGGUACAUGCUCAGCCCGGAGAUACGCUAGUGUUGCUUGACACACUUAUGACAAAGGACACCCACUCUGAUUUCUUCGCGUUGCUUACUGCUCGCGGUUAUAAGUUAACGUUCAGACAAGCUGAUGACGCCACCCUAACGUUGAAAAAGUAUGGCGAAUACAUCUAUAAGCAUCUUAUUCUGUUCUCUCCGACGACCGAAGAGUUUGGCGGCAGUAUUACUAUUCAAGCAUUGACGGAAUUCAUUGACGAUGGAGGAAAUGUCCUUGCAGCCGUCAACUCGCGCGCAGGUGAUGCCAUGAAGGAUCUUGCUGCUGAGUGCGGCCUAGAGGUGGACGAUGAGGGCGCCGUGGUUAUCGAUCAUCUUUCUUAUGAUGUUCGUCUUGAUAACGGAGACCACACGACGAUUGUAGCUAAUCCUGUCACACAAUUAGCUGACAUCCCACCCAUAUUAGGUGGCCCCGAUUCUUCAGCAAAGGAAUUCUCACCUAUUCUCUUCAAAGGCAUCGGAUUGAUUACCAAUCGCAAAAAUCCGUUGGUGACCAAUAUUCUAAAAGGUUCGCCAGCAACGUUUAGCUCCGCACCCAGGUCAGUCAUCCGAAACGAGAAGCCGCCAAAUGUCGCCGGAGAGUCGACAUCCCUCAUCGCAGCACUUCAAGCACGAAACAACGCUCGCGUCGUUUUCUCAGGAUCUCUCUUAUUCUUUUCCAAUGAGUACCUACGCGCACCGGUUUCUGGUUCCUCGGGAGUGAAGGCCACGCAAAGUGGGAACAAGCGUCUGGCCGAGGCUCUUGCUGCAUGGGCUUUCCGAGAGACAGGUGUCCUGCGCCAUUCCGAUAUCAGCCACGGUGGACCAUACACGAUCAUGGAUCAGGCCACUUUCUCGAUAAAAGUGGAGACGCUAAGUUCCGAAGGCAAAUGGGUCUCGUAUUCGCAUCCUGCUAUUCAAAUGGAAUUUGUUCGUAUAGACCCAUUCGUGCGUACUGAUCUACGUCUCGUCGAUGCAAAACAGGGUCGCUAUGAGGUAAGCUUCCGCGUACCAGACGUUUACGGUGUGUUCCAAUUUCGUGUUGAACACCGCCGGCCUGGGUUCGAUCGUCUCGCCGUUACAUCGCAGGUGUCAGUUCGCCCGUUGCAACAUACCCAAUACGAGCGUUUCAUUCCAGCUGCGCGCCCCUACGUUCUAUCAGCGUUAAUGAUGAUGCUUGGCUUGUUUGUCUUUAGUUUCGUCUUCAUUCAUCAUCAGGACAGUGAAAAAGAGGAUAAAGAGAAGAAGUCUAAAAAAGAGUAGAUAGAAACGUACAAAAACUUCAACUAAAAGAUGUCGUUUUUUAACGAAUGUUAUUCAGUUAAUCAGAAAAUUGAAGACGCUGCCUCUAUCAAGGGAAAUUUAAACUUGAAGAAACGGUCAAGUCGAUGCAAAGAAUGAGAUCAUCGCCCACUUACGGCGAUGUGUCAUCUUUUCUAUUUUUUUUUUUAUUUUGGAGAACAUGGAGGGACUAUGCGUUCUCGAAAACACUUUCCCGAAAGAUUUUAGAACUCUUAUUCCUCAAACUUGCGCUAGGGAUACAUGUUAGAAAAGAAAAUCAAAUAUAUGGUCUCGUUCUCAUAGUAGAUCUUACAAUGAGGGCGUAAAAACUUAAAAAAAAAAGUAGCUCUAAUAGAUCGCACAGAGAACUAAAAUUCAUUAGAAGACCCUGGCGGCGGGAUUAGAACCGACAAAAAUUAUGGAAAAUUGGAACAGUGAGGGAUAGUGUGACGUACGAUUUCAUGGCAUUGCUGAGCGAAAGAGCGAAGGUUGACACAAAAACCUCUUAACAUUGGCGGUAGAACAUCGCCGACGCUGAUAACGACGCUAAUAUGCGAUGCCCGUUUGGUAAACUAAAUUUUGCCGUGGCUUCGUCCAGCGACACAAACUGCUCGCUACACAGCAUAGCCAACAACGAUCUGUCUCAAAGAUAACGCCUUUUCUAUACGCGGGCUGAAUGGGAGAAGAGGGAGGGAGAACGAGUGCUAUUCACAUUUGUUAAUUGAUAAUGAUUGAAGGAGCUGUUACGAUAAAACCGUUGACCUGUACAGAGAUAGAAGGGUUGAAGUGACAGUAGUAAUUGAAAAAGCGUUUUUUCGAUAUGAUAUGGAUUUGCAUUCAGCGAAAGUUAUUUUCAAGGCCUGUUUUGAAAGUAAUUUACUACUAAUCCUUUAUUACUAAUUUUUGCCUCGAUAUAAGCGUCAGUGCAAACUGUAGAUUCAUAUUUGUACGCUAUGAACAACCGGAUAAUAAUUGUUCGGGUUUUGUUGAAAAGUUACACACUUUUUGUAAAGAUGAACUAAAAAAAACAAUGAAGGAUUUUCAUAUAUACAAUUUCGCUAAAGUGUGUCUACGUAAAUCAUAUAUUAUAGGAAAUGAAGCAGGAUCAUGAAAAACGAUGGGAGGUGAACAAGAGAGCAAAUGUGUGAGAUAUUAUUUAAUAAUGAAACAAAGAAAUAAAGGUGAACACUAAAUUUUAAGUAGAACUUA